AGACAUGCGAAGUUAGCAAGAGACUGGUGACCCUGAAGCUUCUGCUGGCCUAAGAGCGUCAUGGAGUUCGAUCGCUACCGGGAGGCAGCCCAGAAGCGAUACCCCAGGCCCUUCAAAGACCCGUCGAGCUGGCAGAGAGCAGAUCCAUCGCCAACCACGUGGAAUGACGCGCAGUCUCAUGAUGCGCAGCAGCAACGAGAGUUGUAUGCGCAGACUGAGCGAUACCAGCGUCCUACCUAUCCAGCAAGUGUGCAGGCCUCUGAAGCGAUGUCGAUGUCCAACUCCAGAUUCAACUUUGUACAAGACCUGCACAAGGUGUCCCACUCCAAAGCAAACAUGUCUUGGACGGUCUUGUCUCCCAUCGAACCCGCUCAAUUUCCCUCCGCUCUCAAGCCCAAGCAGCGGAUGAAGCGCUUGCUGCCUGAUGUAGACGACGUGGCAGACAACACCUCAGAGGGAUCGCUUGCGACCUUGUCAUCUCCUAGCACAGAAUCUCAGCUCAUGUAUGACUCCAAGUCGGAAUCCUCCAACAGGAAGAGUGUCCAUGAAGAGGAAGACUCGCCGCUUCACAUCUCCUUCACCAACCACCGGGGCCAUGAUCUUUCGGACGGAUCCGAAGGAGAAAAGGAAAAGAACUUGAAGCUACGUAUGCAGAUUGUUGAGCUGCAGAAUCAGCUCAGCUUGGCAAAGCAGAUGGUGAAGAACGCCUACUUUGAAAGGUUCUUGCUCCUUUCAGGUGCAGGCGCUGAUGCAGAAACCUGACUCCGACAAUGAGCAGGAUGAAAUGUACAACACAAGGUUUAUGAU